CCAUCGACACAAAACCACAGGAUGACGGUGACGGAGGCUAAGGGGGUAAGAAGCCCUAAUCGGUCUGGUUUGGUAGGGUAUUUGGAAAUGUUGAGGGGUUUGGCGGGCCAAAGACCAAAAACAUUUAUUCCCAGUUCCAGGUUGUUUUCUUCCCAAACCCAGUUCUCGAUCUUCGCUGUCACGAGCCUCUGUCGAGCACAGUGGCAAAAUGGACGGAGCCGAAUCAUACGUUCACCCUCUGCUGUCCGUAAUGAGCUUCGAUGAUGAGUUCAAACUGCGCGCAAACUGGGUGAACAAAUUGAGCUCACAGGAGCAGUCAUCAAGAUCCCCCAGUCCAAGCAGCGUCACUCCGUCAGAAGGCAGCUCGACCAACUUUUGCGAGUAUGCCGCCUCCACAACAAGCAGCUGGGCGACCUCGGCCGGACCAGGGACGGAAUAUGGAUUUCAUGAGGAAGAGGAGGUCAAGCCUGGGGCCAACGAAUUGCCCAAAAUUCCACCCCAACGUCCAGAAACACCAGCAGACCGAUUGAACCGAUCCCUUGGUCGAAGUCACUCACCGAGUCUUCCCAGUUCUUUACGAAAAUCAUUCUCGGCUGCUGACAGAGAAGCCGACGAGGCAGACGAGAUCGACGAAGAUGUCGAGUCGGAUUUCGAUGCCGAUGAGAGCGGGUGUGAGACAGCCCGGCUCGAUGAAGAGGACGAUGAACAGGAGGAUAAUUCCGACCAGGAUGAUGACGAUGACGAAUGGAGUGGUGAAAACGGGAAUCUAGAGUCUCUCGUGAUCUCGGCUGUGGACAAGGACUAUUCUCUGGCAGCCUUUUUGAUUCCGCUGCUUCACCGCGACUUCAACUUGGCUCUCAAGAGUAAAGUGGAAAACUGGCGAUGUGCAGCAUCUCAUGCCGGAGCAGGGGAUGGAGCCAAACACGAGUCCUCCCCAGCCAAUACUUCGCCGUCCCAGGGUUCGGGUUCGGGUCCGUCUCGCAAAAGGAGGCGUACAGACUCGGACGAAGGGGCGAGGGACGGCCGAGACAAGGAUCAAGACGAAGAAGACCAAAAGGACCCUGGAGGCGGCAAAAUGGGACCUCCUUCCACCCCUCUCAGCGGAAACACUCGCGAGCCGCUGCUGGCUUGUCCGUUUCACAAACGGGAUCCAAUCAAAUACAAUGUCCACGGCGAUUCCGGGUCUGGCAAGAAGCAUCGGUACAGACCUUGUACAGGGCCAGGGUUCAAAUCUAUCCAGCGACUAAAGGAACAUCUCAAGCGAACACAUUCUCCCGUCCAAUGCGAAAGAUGCAAAGAAACAUUCAACCCAGGAAAGGGGGGAGACCGUGCAGAAUCCCUCAACAAGCUAGCCGAGCACCGCAAGAGCGAGGUCCCCUGUCCUCUUCGGGACGCCUCUCUCAAAGAAGGGGUUGACGAAGUUCAGUGGGCCAUGCUGGACAAGCAGAACCGGAAGAAGAACCAAGAGGUGCACCGGGUGGAGAAGUGGUUUGAGAUUUGGGACGUUUUGUUCCCAGAGGUUGCCCGGCCAGAAAGCCCAUGGCACGAGAUACCCUCUUCGUUCACCUCGGGAACCCCAAAGGACGGCGAGGAUUACUUUGUCGAUCUCUUUUUCAACAUCCUCGACCACAAGAUCCAACAAGGUGACAUCCCCCUACCCGGCUCUGACCCUGCCGACCCCAAUUCGUCCAACAAUCGCAACCUGGAUCUCCUCCGGGACCGCCUCAAGACCGUCGUCCAAAACACCUUUCGGAUGUACGUCUCGAUACGCGAGAACCUGUCCCCAGAGACAUCGUCCAGUCAAAGCCAGAGCCUCAGUCACGGCCACAACCGCCAGCCCUCAUCAACCUACCGGUCAACCGGCACGGGCAGUCUCAGCGCGUCACUUCUCCAGCCGCCAUUACCUUCCACCGCGCCAACUUCAGUCACCAGCGGAACUCCUCAGCAGCAGCAACAAAGCCCCGCGGCCACCUAUCUUCCGCCGGGGGCUGCGUAUGGGAUGGCUCACUCCCAAUUCAUGCCUGCCGUGUCCCCGGCGGCAUUUACGGGAAUGGCAGACGACGGGACAGCCACAGCCAUGACGGCAAGCCCCUAUUUCUUCCACGCGGGCAACAACAUGUUUACGCCACAGGGAUACUGGCUUCAUCAAGUCCCGGCCGCGGCCAAUCACCCGCAUGCCGUGUCGUUUCCGCACCAGGGGCAUCUCCAGACCGCAGCUGAGACGUGGCUGAACUGGGGACAUGCUGGUGGAGAUGGGGAGCAGUGA